UCUCUCUCUCUCGCUCGCUCUCGUGGAACUCUCCUCGUGCGCUCCCUCGCGCUCUCGACUUUUCGCUCGAAACUUCGGCUCUUCCUUGCGCGAGUUCAAAUUUGAGGCGAACAAAUUGCGGGGUUUGAGACAUUUGGAGCUCAUGAUCAGCAUUGCUCGAAGCUUCUGCAGCAGUUGGUGGCAAGAAAGAGUUAUGAAUUUGGUUGCAGUCGGCGGGUCUGAAGGCUGAGUUUCGAUCUAGCGUUUGUGUUCUGUUGGUGUGAGUGUUGGGGAACGUCGGGCGGAGGCAGGCAGAGAGAGGGAGAGGGCAGGGUGAGGGCGAUGGCGAUGGCGUCGCUUUCUGUGUGCAGUCGAGCGGCUUCUGUUUACCCGUGGCCUUCUCUUUCGCAGCCGAAGCCCUCUGUCUCGGCGACCGUGACCUGUUGCGCUUGCGUCCCGUCCCCAUGUGCGACAAGUAUCGCAGACAGACACGUGGAGAAGGGAGUCACUUCAGCUCCUGCAUCGAGUUCCGGCUCCGGUUCAUUGUCGAGGAUGCUGGGGAAUGAUUGUAGAUCUGGAUUCAACAAUGUAUUAAGACGUGCUACCGAAAGACGCAGAAGGAAUUCUUGCAAUGCGGGAAGGAACAGGUCACAGCUAGGAAUUCGUGCCUCGAAUGCACAAGUAGAUGAUCCAACCGAAGCGGGUGGUGGUCAGCUAGAAACUUGGAAUAUCGAGCAGAGAAUAUUGGCAUUCGGAAAUGACGCACGGAAGAAUUUUUCAGUCCAUGUUCUUGGAGCAAUGGCUGUAGGUUUGCUGGUGUUCGGGAUUCCCUCUGCACAAGCCGUCGAUGCCUUGAAGACUUGCACCUGCUUGCUUAAAGAAUGCAGAAUCGAGCUUGCGCGAUGUAUCGCGGAUCCUGGUUGCGCAGCCAAUGUUGCCUGCUUACAGACUUGCAACAACCGCCCCGAUGAAACAGAAUGUCAGAUCGCUUGUGGAGAUUUGUUUGAAAACAAAGUUGUUGAUCAGUUCAAUGAUUGUGCCGUCUCGAGGAAAGGAUGUGUGCCACAAAAAUCUGAUGAAGGAACAUAUCCCAUUCCUCCCCCAUCAGCGUUAGUUCAAGAUUUCAAGACAAAGGACUUUAAGGGCAAGUGGUUCAUAAGCAGUGGUCUGAAUAGGACAUUUGACACAUUUGAUUGUCAGCUCCACGAGUUCUCUGCAACACGAAACACAGUCACCGGAAAACUUACGUGGAGGAUCUCGACUCCGGAUGGAGGCUUUUUCACGCGAUCUGCAGUCCAAAAUUUUGUACAAGAUGAGUCACAACCUGGAAUCCUCUUGAACCACGGCAACGAGUUUCUGCACUAUCAAGAUGACUGGUACAUUCUAGAUUCCCAGAUAGAGAACAAGCCAGAUGACUUCGUGUUUGUGUACUACCGAGGUAAGAAUGAUGCAUGGGAUGGCUAUGGAGGUUCGGUGAUUUACACCCGCAGCAGGACUCUUCCUAAUAGUAUCAUUCCCAGAUUGACCGCAGCUGCCAAGUCAGUAGGCCUGGAUUUCAACAAAUUUACCACCACGGAUAACACCUGCGGACCAGAGCCUCCACUUUUUGCAAGAUUGGAGAAGACGAUUGAGAAGGGUGAAGAAGCUAUAUUGAGAGAGGUGCAAGUACUUGAACAGACAGUAGAGAAUGCCGGGAAGCAAGAGCUUAUGCUGCUGGGUAAAGGUGCACAGGAGCUCAAAAGGGAAGAGGAGAAGCUUCUGGCUGGUUUAGGAAAGGAGGAGAAGGCCUUGCUUGAUGAGCUGCAAAUGGGGGCUUCGGAUAUUGAAAAGCUCUUCGGCAAAGCCAUUCCGAUUAGGAAACUUCGAUGAUGAAGAAAGAAUUCGAUAUAGGACAUUACGAAUCAUAUCGUUUUGAGAUAUCAGCUUUUGGGUUAAUGUAGUUGUGGCAACUUGAAAUAUCCAUGCUUUGCAAUCAACAGCAAUUAGCAUUUACAGCUGAGUGCCAUACCCAUGGACCAAUCAGGCCACCUCAUAGAACCCGUUCAGAAGAUUAUUCGGUAAACUCCGGAUGUCGUCAAUCUUUAGUGCGACGCUCUUGUCAACAUCGAACAGAUGUGACAGUAUUGAGAUUGUACAUUAGUUUGAGGUGAAUUGUAGACGAGAUUACUCUAGAAAGUCUCCGACUCAUCCUCUGCCCGUUACAUGUAACGCAACAUUCAUCAAGGAACGUCUGCUUCUGCUCUCCUGAAACGA